UUUUUUUGAUCUUCUAGUGUGUGCACGUUGUUGUGUCGUCCGUUGGUGUGUUGUGUUUCGGUGUUUCCGUUUUCGGUUUUGCGUUCACAUUACCCCCACCUCGGUAACGGUGCGUUUUUGCGUUUCGACCCCGCGUGCGCCCACCGUUCCAUCCCUGUUCUCAACCACCGGGCCAAAGGAUCCCUUUCCAAAGGAGGACCAACGAAGGAGGACCAGGAGAACAGGGCCCUGGAAUGGAAUGAAGCGCUGGACGACUAGUAGUAGCAGCAGCAGCCGACUGUAGCAGUGUUGCCACGCAGAUAACCAUCAAACAAGCCAGUGACAGAGACAGGAUUCAAUUAAUAGCCCUCGUCGAGAACAAACACAGCGCUCGCUACAGUAAAGGUUGUCAUUGUUUGUCACCGAAGAGCAGCAGCAUCAGCAGGAAUCGCAGGAAUGUGUUACAAUAAAUGUGGUACAAAAACUUAACCUCCCGCACACAGCUCGACAGCAAUAGCAGGGUGAACGAGAAGCAAUGCAGUAAAGCCUUUGGCGGGAUCGGAUCACUUACAACGAAGCACGCACAAUAAGGUCCCCCGAAGGUGUAAGCGCCAGGUCGAGAUAUGCGCUGUGACGGUGGCAACGUUCCAGCGCGUGCAGAGGCAACAAACGAUGGCUAUCACCGCACGGCCGCAGCGGCAUUGCAUCCAUCUGGUUAAGCUGUGCUCGUCCGGGUACGAGCCAAAGUUGAACCCUGUCACGUCAAGCGUACCAGUGGACCAGCGUACGGACACUGGGUGUGAUUCGACGACGUCAAGGAAGCAACCGAGCCGUCAAUUCAUGAUCUAUCGCCGUACGGUGGUUUAGUGUGAGUGUCCCGAGUGAGUGGUAAUUAGUGAGCGAGUAAACGUUAGGACACUGCAAAACUACAGUGAGCGAAUGAGUGAGUCAGUGGUGAGCAAGUUAGUGAGCGCAUCGGUAACGCUGCGAGUGAACGUACAUUCGGAGCCCGGGAAAUGGUGACUUCACUGCCGAAAGCAAUCGUCGUGCUUCCUUUUAUUCGUGGCAAGCCCGUACACCAGUGACAGGUGCAUGCAAUACAGUAGAGAAGUGUGCGUGUCUGUUUGAUCGUGUAGUAAAACAAAUCCUUCACAAUGGUGUCAGCUUUUUGGCUGCCAGGGAAACAUAACGCUGCGCGGUGUCGUACGAACGUGUGGUGGUAACAGAGUGUGUGUUUGUGUGUGUAGCUCGCGUAGCUCUGGACCGAGCGCCACCGAGUGAUAAGUGCGUAAACCCCAAAACCUGGGACCCGGAAGGUGCCCCGAAUGGUGCCGCAAAAGGUAGAACAAGCGGUAGCAGUGGUUGCCCAGCACACUAAUGAGGACGACGAUUCCCGCGAGGACGGUUCGAACCGCUUUACAUCUGCAACGACGGCCAACGGUGCAAAAGCAUGGGGUGACGCUUCGCUGUAACCGUAUCGAACUAUUGUUAUUAUUGUUGGUGCGUUAAUGUCGUUACGGACAUUUUUUGUGUUUUCCGUUGUUUUGCGGUACGUUACGCGAGUAGUAGUACACGACUAGGGGUGUAAGGCACGUGGCGUGUGCGUACGUGCGUGAGUGUGCCUGUGCGAGUGUGUGUGCGUGCGUGUAGUGUGAAGUUUAAGCCCUUCUUCCUUUCAUUCCCCACACCCUUCCCCGCCCCCUCAACCCCUUGCCCGCCCCUCCAGCACAGUCACAUUGUAAGCGCUUUUGGGGGCAAAAGGGCACCGUGUGUCAAUUCUGUGCAGAAAAAGAUGAGCUGCUUAGCCGUCGUCACGCAGUUGUGCUGGUAGUGUGUGUGUGGUCCGUUCCAUAGUGGAAUGGUUUCUCAAUCUGCAUAUCGAAGAAAAAAAACGGCAACAACAAACAUGUCAGUGAUGGCCUGCUAGCCAAUUGCCAAAUCCGAAGCCUAACGCCUUGAAGUGACACCUGUGUAACGCUACGUAACGCUGCAGGUCUACUAUCUGUCAAGCAUCGUACACCAACCAUGUGCGGAGUGUAGACGGACGGGACGGACGAUACCGCGUGCGGUCGCUGUGUUCUGGUGAAGAAAUAGCAAACGAUUUGUUUAUUUCUAUAGCAAUAUUACAUCGUGUUGGCUAAUACGCGCGCUGUAACACUAACAGGAGCUGUCGGUAUUGGUGAGCACACCAGUGAGCACUCGUCGAGUGUUUCCCAUAGUGAUCUUAGUGUAGUAGAUUGUCGAUAAUAUGCCCGUACGCCCGUUGGUCGCAAUCGACCAUCACUCCAGAUCAGUUGGCGAGUUUAAUUAACGUACUAAAAAUAUAUCCACAAAAACCAGAACCAGAGGCAAAUCGGUACGGUUCGAUACGGUGUGAGUGACCCCAAUCGAAUCCCCAAACUCCCCACGGUUAUUAACUCGAGCACGGGUUGUGGGUCAGCGGACAUAUUUUGCGAGAAAAACCUCCUCCCCGCCACUCCCGUUCCGAUUUAUGCAGGUCGUGGCAGGAAAAGCUAACUCA